ACGGCUGAGGAGCAGCUGGAGGCAACGCCGUGCACAGGGAGAGCUGCCUGCGGUGGGAGACGGUCCCAGCAUGGAUGCACUGCCCAUCUACCACGGAGGCAUCACCCGCGAGACUGGCGAGAAGCUGCUGCUGGCAGCGGGCACCGAUGGCAGCUACCUGCUGCGGGACAGUGAGACCAUCCCGGGAGUCUACUGCCUCUGUGUGCUGCAUCAGGGUUACGUUUAUACCUACAGAGUGUCCAAGACAGAAUCUGGGUCCUGGAGUGCUGAGACAGCGCCUGGAGUCCACCGGAGGCUCUUUCGGAAAAUGCACAACCUCAUUUCGGCCUUCCAGAAACCCAACCAAGGCAUCAUAACGCCCUUGAAGCACCCGGUCAUCAACCAUGCGAAAGCCCCAGGGAGAAAUGAAGGCCAUGACUUCCACCUGCAGCCAUCAUGAAGACAUGUCCCCAAGUGUGACAUAACCAUAUCUUCCAAUGUCUCCUCUAGUCCACACUCUAGAACAGAAUGACUUAUAUGCUAGUUUAUACAACUCCAUGAGUUUUCUUGUAACAUUUGCAGAAAUGUGUAUUUCAUAGAAUUUCUGGCUCAAAAUUUAGAAGUUUUAAGUUUCAGAAUG